AUGGGCGUGAUCAAAGUGACCCCCGACACCGCCUCCCUGAUCUCCGUGUGCGAAAUGCUCGACGACAUGAAGAGCGAAUCGAGCUACACCUCGUCCGAGGAGGGGUGCGGCGGCGGCGAGCGGCACGCCGUGCUCAGCUACGAGCAGGUGCGGCGGCUGAACGACGUGAUGGACGAGGUGGUGCCCAUCCACGGGCGCGGCAACUUCCCCACGCUGCACGUGCGCCUCCGCGAGCUGGUGGCCGGGGUGCGGGCGCGCCUGGAGGCGGCGCAGAGCGAGGGCGGCGCAGGGGUGGCGGUGCGCGACGUGCGGCUGAACGGCGGCGCCGCCAGCCACGUGCUCGCCGACAGGCCGCAGCCCUAUUCCGACAUAGACCUGAUCUUCACCGCCGAGCUGCCCACCGCGCGCCACUGCGACCGCGUGAAGGCCGCCGUGCUGGGCCACCUGGCCACGCUGCUGCCGCCCGCCACGCCGCGCCGCCGCGCCACGCCCGCCGGCCUCAAGGAGGCCUACGUCUCCAAGAUGGUGCGCGUCAACUCCGACGGCGACCGCUGGUCCCUCAUCUCGCUGGGCAACUCGCGCGGCCACAAGUCCGUCGAGCUCAAGUUCGUCGACACGAUGCGCCGCCAGUUCGAGUUCUCCGUGGACUCGUUCCAGAUCGCGCUCGACUCGCUGCUCGCGUUCCACGAGUGCGCGCAGCUGCCCAUCGGCGAGAACUUCUACCCGACGGUGGUCGGCGAGUCCGUGUACGGGGACUUCAACGAGGCGCUGCUCCACCUCUCCGAGAAGCUGAUCGCCACGAGGCAGCCGGAGGAGAUACGGGGCGGCGGGCUGCUCAAGUACUGCGCGCUGCUGGCCAAGGGCUACCGCGCGGCGCGGCCCGACAGGAUCAAGACGCUGGAGCGCUACAUGUGCUCGCGGUUCUUCAUCGACUUCCCGGAGCUGGGCCAGCAGCGAGCCAAGCUCGAGGCCUACCUGCGGAACCACUUCGUGGGGCGGGAGGAGGAGGCGCUAAAGCACAGGUACCUGACACUGCUGCACGGCGUGGUACGCGAGUCGACCGUGUGCCUGAUGGGCCACGAGCGGCGGCAGACUCUCGCGCUGAUCGAGGCGAUGGCGUGCCGCGAGCUGUGCGCCCGCGCGCCCCUCAUGCUGCCCGCGCCCGUCGGCUGCGUGAGCACUAUGGGCAGUAUGGGCACUAUGGGCGCUAUGGGCGCUAUGGGCACUAUGGGCAGCAUGGGCACUAUGGGCGCGAUGGGCGGCAUGAUGCCCGGCUACGUGGUGUGCGUGUGUGCGUGCGCGGCGUGCGCGUGCAUGUGUGCGUGCGACUGCUGCCGCGUGCCGCUGUGCCCCGCG